ACCUAGUUAGCAGUGCUUUGCAAUAAAAAGUUAACUUUGUUAUAUUAAUUGGUUCGUUAAGGUAAGUACCUACGUUCUAUGCAUAAAAAUAUUACUUGCUUUUAAUAAAGCGGAGAAGGAAAACCUCUGGAGGAAAUCUGCGAUGGGUUCCCAACGAGUCACACCAAAACGAUCACACCAAAACGAAAAAAUGCAUGUUCGAGUGCGGUUUUUCGGAUACCCCGACGCUAUACUCGUGGUUGAAUCCAAACUAACUAAGAUCGAGCAAUUCAGAAGAGUUAUUGAAGAAACAUUCAAAGUGGAGCCAAAGUUACAACGGUUAAUAUACGGUGGAAAAUUGCUGGAAGAUGGUUAUACAUUCCAUGACUAUAACAUAAAACUGAAUGAUGUCAUACAACUGAUGGAGAGAGUACAGCCAUUAGACAAAACAGAUAAUGUGGAAAGUAAGAGUCAGGAGGAUGAGACAGCUUCCCAACAAGUUGAGAAGAAGAACAUCCAAUAUAAAGAUGCCAUUAGUUCAAUGUAUAAAGUGGGAGACUUCAUUGACACAAAGCAAAAGGAAGGUGGAUACUGGUUGGAGGGCUCUAUAACGAGGAUAGUUUUUGAUCCCGAAGUACUAAAAGACAACAUUUUCUCAGAAAAUGAUCCCGAAAUAAUUUCUGAUGAAAACAUUCUUCUAAAAGUUAGAUUGGAUCAGGAUACAGAAGAAGAGAUAUUUUGUAAACCGACAGAAGUUAGACCAAGAGCAAGAAAUGAAAUCAACCUUGAAAGCAUACAAAUAGGACAAACUGUAAUGAUAAAUUAUAAUAUUGAUGAUCCUGGCGAAAUAGGCAACUGGUAUGAUUUUAAAGUAGAUGAAAUAAAGAAACAUCGAAAAACCUAUGAGUUGACGGGAACAAUAUACUUGGGACCAGAAUCAGUGCCUCAAAAUAAUACAAGCACUGUAGUGAAAGAUAAAGUAUUUGCUAUAGAAGAGCCAGUGCCUUUGUCAAGGAGAACAGAGGAGUAUAAUCAAAGUAUUGCAGUGCCACCGCCAAAAAGAAGGCAGCCAAUUCAUUGUAAAAAGUGUGGUGAUGACGAAAGCAGGCCCUGCAGACGUUGUGGCUGUUAUGUGUGCGCUUCCAAAGACUCGCCCGGGGAAAUAAUACUCUGCGACGAAUGUGACAACGGAUUUCACCUGAAAUGCCUGAAACCAGCUUUGGAAGCUAUACCAGUCGAGGAUUGGUACUGCGACUCGUGUAGACGAGACCCCAACGACGUGGUGGCUCCAGGAGCCGCGAGACAGGCCAAGAAGACCACCGGCUCGGAGACCACGCGAGACUGGGGACGCGGGAUGGCCUGUGUCGGUAAAACGAAAGACAGUGAUAUGCCAGCUGAUCACUUUGGUCCCAUUCCGGGCAUGGAAGUGGGAAUGAUUUGGCGAUACCGCAUGCAGCUAUCAGAAACUGGACUGCACAGACCCAGUGUGUCCGGAAUACACGGCCGAGAUGCAAUCGGUGCUUUCAGCAUAGUAUUGUCAGGUGGGUACGAAGACGACGUGGACCACGGGGUCGAGUUCACAUACACGGGUAGCGGCGGCCGGGACCUGUCCGGCAACAAGCGCACAGCGGAGCAGUCUUGCGAUCAGAAGUUCACCCGCGAGAACCGGGCGUUAGCUCGCAACUGCGCUGCAAAGUCAGUUAAUGAAAACGGCGGCGACGCGGGCGACAACUGGCGGCAAGGGAAACCCGUGCGGGUCAUGCGCUCCUACAAGAUGCGCAAGGCGUUCCCGAAGUACGCACCGCUCGAAGGCAUAAGAUAUGAUGGCAUCUACAAAGUGGUGAAGUACUAUCCGGAAAAAGGUUUGUCAGGGUUCCGCGUGUACAAGUAUUUGCUGCGGAGGGAUGACCCCAGCCCCGCGCCCUGGGAGCCAGGCGCGAAACAGUUCACUAUUGUCUACCCUGAUGGCUAUUUAGAAGCCGAAGCCCAGAAACUGAAACUGAAACAACAGAAAAACAAGCCAAAAGACAUGAAAAAUGUUCCAUCCAGUUCAACAAAACCGGCACUGCUCGAAAGUAACCACCAACCAAUAUGCAAAGGCAAAAAAUCCAUUAAUGGAAGCAAAAGCAAACAGACAAGCAAGAAGACAAAUGGUGCGAGCAAAACUUCGGGCAAAAGACGCAAGAUUUCCUCUAGUGAGGACGAUACGGACAGUUCUGAAGGUAGCGAAGACUCGAUCAAAAUUAGCAAGAAAUCCCCUAAAAAGGAAACUAUAGACAGCAACGAAAAGUCUGUAAAGAAAAUCGACGUAUUACUCGACAACUCUCUGGACAAAUCUGAUGGGAAUUCAGACUCAUGUAAAAAGAAAGUUAAACUUGGCUUUGCUGUAAGCCAAGCUGCAGACGAAAGUUUGCAGCAAAGUGUUAGCGGCGUGAAGAAAACGAGGAAACGAAAAAAUUCUCCCGGAGACAACCGAACUCAGACAAAGCUCACAUUCUCUCCAGUCACGAAAAAGCCCAAGAUAUCUUUCAAUGAAGAUUCCAACUCGAACUCUGACAAGGAAAACGCGCUGACGAAGCUAACAGCGAGCGAGCUGAAGGCGAUCAGAGCGGACGAACAGAACGCCAAGCUGUGGGCAGAGUGCCUCGAGAUCUGCGACCAACACACCAAAAAGGAGCUCAUAGAGCAUGUGAUGCAAGUGUUCCGUUGCAUCAUUUGCCAGGGGCUGGCCGUUUCCCCCGUCACCACACCGUGUCUGCACAACUUCUGUUUGUCGUGCAUGAAGAGGGCAUUCAAGGUGAUGGAUUCAAAAUCCUGUCCGUACUGCCGACAGAAGUUGUCCGGCUUCGAGCCCACUAGCAACGCGCAGCUCCGGACCGCGCUCCGCACCAUCCUGCCGGGCUAUGACGCGGGACAGAAGUAGGACAAGUGCCGCCGUGGCCGAAACAAGGCUUUAUACUUAUAAUACAACCCUGGUGUAACUGGGCGUUGGCCUAAACUAAUAAUUUUAUUGUGUUGUUUCCAUUUUAUUUAUACGUGACUUAGCCGUCAAAGUAGACACUUGAAUUGAAGUUACCUUAGUUAUGAUUAUGUUUUUAAUAUAGAAACAAUUGUUUAUGUUCCAAUUUUACUAUUUGUGAUACAUACAACUUUUCACCUCACUAGUUAAAAAAGGGCACCUUUGCUGUCUAAAACCAGUGAGCAAAAGUCGUUUUUGCACUCUCAGUGAGAAAAAGUUUUGAACUUUUCUUGAGACAUUUUAUUAAAAAAUUAAAACGACUUUUGCUCACUGGUUUUCCACAGCAAAGCCGCCCUUUUUGAGCUAGUGAGGUGAAAAUGAUAUAAUUUAUGUUUUAAGUAUUGCAAUAAAUGUAAGUAUAUUAUGUUAGAAUUCAACAAAUGAUAAUUAUCAUUUCUGUAAUAAUUGAUAUUGAUAUUUAUGUUUUAAUUAUUGCAAUAAUUUUUCAAACUUAUAACUUGGUUUUAUGUUGUUAUAACGUAUUUUAAGCAUUUGAUAGUACAAAGCAUAGACUAGAGGCUCUGUUAGGCUGGCAGGAGCCGAAUAAUAUGCGUGUACAGUAUUACCACAUAUUUUAUAAGUCGCAUAUAACUUUUAGAAGUGAUAGUAAUUGUGAGAGAUGAUAGUAUUUUUUUAGUUUAUAAAUAAUAAAUUAUCUUUGUUGCGUAUGAAGCUACGAGCACUUAAUAUAUUAGUGUUAUGUCUUUGUUGUAUCGCUUAACGUUAAGGCGCUCCGCCCAUUCACACUUUUUUUGGUCCGAUAUAAUCGGGCCGCCGACUUUUAUCAUAGACUUUUUGUAAGAUGUAUGUUUCAAUAUUGCAAUCUAUAUACUUCAUUUUUUGUCGACAAAAAAUCGGCCAUCAAUUCUCCUUGCCCUAGGUCCUUGAUGGUCGCUCUGAAGACAAAAUGCAUGGUUUGUGACGUACGUAGUUGGCAUGUGUAGCUCUCAUACGCACAGGAACCCCUACGUUUAUAGAUAACAUAUUAUUUUAGAUGUUUGAACCAAUUUCAAUGGCGGAUACAGACCGGUAGGAAAGGUUGCACGUCGACCUUUUGGUGGAUGCGACGGGUCUGCCCGCGAAAUUCAAAUUUGAUUUGGUUUUUCGCUAUUUGUAAACUAGUACGUCAACGUAGGCUUAUGGCAUUUUAAUUGCGCCAAUGGCAGUAUCAU